AUGGAGGAAUCGAGAGAAUUAUUGAUGUCGACGUUGAUUGAAUCAGGGGUUUUGAUUCCUGGAGAUUUCUCAUCGAUUGGUGAAUUCACUUCGGAGGCUUUAGUAUCGAUCUGUGCUCAGUUGCUUAAUCUCAUUGACCCAUCAAAGUUUUCGUUUUCUGAUGAAUUAGCUGAUUCUCUUCCCGAAAGGUUUAAGAUUUGCAACGAUAUUGCUCUUUCUGUGAAGAAUCUAGGCUACAUCGGCGACAUGAGUUAUUAUAAGUUUCUGCAUCCAUCUGAAGAUGAUUCGUAUAGGUUGGUUAGAUUUUUAGUCGAGAGGCUUUCGGAGACAAAUGAGAGGAUAAAAGCUUCUCCGGCAAGUGAUGUAGCUAGCAGGCCAAAAGUGGAGACAAAUGUCAGAGAUAAUUCAGAAGACAUGAUUGUGAAGGAGGACAAUGAUGAGACUUUUGAUAUGCAUAUUCAGAAAGUUGAAGCUGUUCUAAAAGAUCUUACAAUGACUACUGAAUUCUCUCAUCCACCGGACUCUCCUGUGAAAAUUACCUCAACAAAUGGUUCUACCAUUGUUGACAUCUUGUCCCUGAAGACAGAUGAAUCUGUUACUGAUCAACCAUCAGAUCUUUCAUUGAGACAGUCAUCUGGAUGUGACGAAAAUUCUUCCGAAGACCCGUCUGAGAAAAAUUAUGAGACUGUUGAGUUACAGAAUCAACAUAACUUACUCUUGGCGGAGCUAGAAUCUGGAUCUUCAGAGCUAUGCAGCCUUGACAGUGAGCUAGAGUUGUUGAAGCUGGCUGCGGAGAGGUUAUUGGAUGAUAAACAGCCGGGUGGGUCAUAUCUCGAACAGCUUAAUCAACAAUUAGCGGUCAAAAGGUGUAAUAUCAUGGAUCUUAAAAAGCAACGGGACGAUGUAAGGCUGACUUUGGAAACUAAAAAGCUACGUCUGUUGGACCAACUUCAUGUAGAGGAGCCACAGGCUAAAGAGAAAUUCCAUAAAUUGAGAAAGACUGAAUUGGAUUUACAAUCUCUCUCAUCAGAAAUACAAAAGAGGGAAUAUGAACUGUGUAAUCGAUACGCUGAAGUUGAGAGGCAGCCAAAAGCAGCGCCUCGGAAAUCUCAUAUUCAUGGGAUUAAAGAAAUAACAAAAAAUAGUCGUAAACUGGACACUGAUAUUCAAAGGAUUUCAGGGGAGACUAGGGAGCUACAAUUAGAGAGUAACUCAAUCCGAGAACGCCUGCACCGAUCAUAUGCUGUUGUGGAUGAAAUGGUUACAAGGGAAGUUAAAAAGGACCCAGCUGUACGACAGGUCUACAAGCUGCUGACUAGUAUCCACAGUAUUUUCGAGCAAAUCUCUGAAAAAAUCCUCUUGACUGAUCGGUUAAGAAGAGAAGCACUGGACUAUGAGAAGAAACUGAGGUCCAUCACAGCUCGAGGCAUGAGUCUGGAAAAAUUACAAGCCGAUCUCAAUGCCAUCAGAAAAGAGAACAACAGUUUAGAAAAGUAA